ACACCAGAGCUUUGUGUCCGUAGCUGCUUCCCUGCAUGCAGAGGCAGCCAGCCGGCUGCAUACAGAGUUCCCUCGGGCGCUCUCAGCUCCGCCUGUCCCCUGCCUCACCUCUAGGACAGGUUCCAGAGCAGCCAAGGGGGCACUGGCUGCUUGAGCCCCUCCUGCAGUAGAUGAGCAGAGAGCUGCCCUGCGUGCAGCUUCACGGGCAAUGGAGCUGUUGCUGCUGGGUGGAGCAAUGGGAGCUUGGCUCUCUGGGACAGGGACUGUCUUGUCCAUGCAGUGCCUAGUCCAAUAGGCCCUGAUCCUUUAGGGGGGUCCCUACUAGCAGUGGGGGACCAAUGGCAGCGAUGCACUUGCUGUCUGCACUCGCAAACUCCAUGGCCCAAAGUAUCUCUGCUGGCUUUAACCAUGAAAUGGCUCCCUAGUCCAUGACUGCAGGUCCCCCCUUUUCUCUGUUUUCAGGGGCUCGUGGCCUCAGUUGAGUGUUUACUGCUCCAGAACUUCCCUGAACAAACGCAGUCCGUUCAGCACUGGGACUGCUACCACAGCAAGCCCUGGACUAGCCCCCCAGCUGGUGUCGGUCACCGCAGCUCAACUUUGGUGGUGAGGGACCUGGCUGCAUUUCAAGAGGUGAAUCCGGCUAAGUCUUAUACCAUGUCUUCUGAGAUGAAUCCUGCCUGGGACCCUUCAGGGUGGCUCUGACUAGCCAUGAGAAGAAGUGCUGUGGGGUGACGAGGCGGAGGCUGCAGACUGUCAUUUCAUUACCUGUGCUUAACGCUGCCAAUGGGCAUUGUGGAGGACACUGAUGCCCCAGAAGGGGCAUGAAUCCAGAGGAAUCAGGCUGGAGGGACAGGUGCCCCACAGAGCAAGACAAAGGACAAUACCACAAGGGGACACUGCAGUGAGGACCCCGAUACCCCAGUAGAUGGACAUCAUGUUGCCUGAGAGAGACCCUGAAAGGACAGGGGAGAAGGUCAGAGGCCAGGAUCCCGGGGAGCAUCCUUCAGUCACGCUCUUCCGAGAGUACCUGAGGCUCAAGACAGUCCAGCCCGAGCCCAACUAUGAUGUGGCCGUGCGGUUCCUGGAGCGAAUUGCAGCUGAGCUUGGCCUGGAGUGUCAGAAAGUGGAGGUGUUCCCGGGCCGGGUUGUCACCAUCAUCACCUGGCAGGGCACAGACCCGCAGCUCCGCUCCAUCGUGCUGAACUCGCACACGGAUGUCGUGCCGGUGUUUGAGGAGCACUGGACCCACGACCCUUUUGAAGCCUUUAAGGACUCUCAGGGUAACAUCUACGCCCGCGGGGCCCAGGAUAUGAAGUGUGUCUCCAUCCAGUACAUCGAGGCCAUCCGGAGGCUGAAGGCCGAGGGGAAGCGCUUCCCCCGAACGGUUCACAUGACAUUUGUGCCCGACGAAGAGAUCGGGGGCUGCAAGGGCAUGGAGCUGUUUGUGAAGCGCCCCGAGUUCCAGGCUCUCAACGUUGGCUUCACCCUGGAUGAAGGCCUGGCCAACCCGACGGAUGCCUUCACUGUGUUCUACGGCGAGAAGUGCGUCUGGUGGAUUAAAGUCAAAUGCGAGGGGAACCCAGGCCAUGGAUCCCAGUUCAUUGAGAACACGGCUGCUGAGAAGUUGAACAGAGUGAUCACCUCCCUCCUGCAGUUCAGAGAGAGUGAGAAGCAGAGAUUGAAGUGUGACGAGCACCUCACCCUGGGCGACGUCACCUCCCUCAACAUGACUAUGCUGAGCGGGGGCGUCUCCUUCAAUGUGGUACCCUCGGAGCUGUCUGCCGCCUUCGACAUCCGCAUCCCGCCCACUGUCAACUUGCAGGCAUUUGAGGAGCAGCUCACAGUCUGGUGCCGGGCAGCUGGAGAGGGUGUCACCUACAAGUUCUACCAGAAAUACAUGGAUCAGACAAUGACCUGCACCGAGGAGUCUGACCCAUGGUGGAAGGCAUUCAGUGGGGCCUGCAGAGACAUGCACAUGACGUUGAAGCGUGAGAUCUUCCCAGCCGCCACGGACAGCCGCUUUAUCCGAGCAGCUGGUCACCCGGCCCUCGGCUUCUCCCCCAUGAACCACACCCCGGUACUGCUGCACGACCACAACGAGUACCUCAACGAGCGGGUUUUCCUGCGGGGCAUCGAGAUCUACGCCUGCCUCCUCACCUCCUUGGCCAGCGUCCCCCCCCUGCCAGCGGAGGGCUGAGGGGCACAGCGGGGGGUGGGCGAUACCAGAGCGAGAGACGGGGAGUGAAAAUUCAUGGGGGCAAGGGGCAAUGGACAUACAGGGGCUGGGGUAAGAAGCAGCUGCUUGGGGAUGGGCAGGACUCCAGGGUUCCUUGGUGACAGCGCCAUGUGCAGAACCACCCAGCUGUGCCAGCCUAGAGGGGCAGGCAUCUGUUGUGUCCGGGGGAAGAGGCUCCAGGUCCCCUGAGCCCAUCCAUGGGGCCCUAUGGAAUUACACCCGGUGUCCAUCUUCCAGCCCAUGGCUCUGCAAGCUAAGGGGGAGGCUGCACCUGGGGGCAAGACAUGCCGGGCUUUCUCCCAUUGCUUGCACUGGGGGUGGGGAAUACAUCUCGAGUGCCCCAUGCCCCCGCCAGGCAUUUACCCCCUCACCACAUUGCAGCAGUAAUGCAAGCCCUCCCUUCCCAACAGGGCUAGGCCUGGGUCCUGGGGUCUAUGCGGGGUGGGGGGAGGGUUGCUCUGUCCAUCCCAACCCCUCCAAGGCCCCAGAGCCCCUCUCACUGCUGCUCCCAGCCCCAGAUCUCUGCAGAGCCGCCUCCAGGUAUGGGCCAGGGCCAUGGGGCACCCCUUGGGCAGCCUGCCUCUCCCUUGGGCCCCCUUGGCUCUCCCUGGCUGCCUAGUGGCUCUCCCUGCUUCUGGGGCUAAGCAUCACCACUUGCCCCAGGCAGGGCGGGGAUCUGGAAGCAGAUGUAGCUGUGGGUGGGUGCAGGCAUUGAAAGCAGGGUGACCUAGUGGAUAAGGCACUGGACUGGGGCUCAGGAGACCCGGGUUCCACUUCUGGCUCUAGCCCAGACUCCCUGUGUGACCUUGGGUGAGUCAGCUGAACUCUGUGUGCCUCCAUUCCCCGGGUGAUCAUACCCCCCGAGCUCCUGGCACGCUGCUCUCAGAGCCCUGGCUGGGCGAUGCUUUGUACCUGCUGCCUACUCUCAUUAAACCACUGGGUGCGGAGGGGUGGCAGGAAAGCAGCUGGGAUAGCACCUCCUCCCGAGUGCCCCAGACUGUCACUGCCCAGCAAAGAGGGGUUGGGGCUAAAGCCAAUUGCUGCGAAAGCUCCAGGCAGGAAUCGGCUCUGAGCUGGCGGUGGCAGGUCUGUCUCAGCAGGGGGCGGUGUUUCCCAGCCAUACCGGGGCUAGCAGCAGGGCCAUGGUGGGAGGGGGUGCCCAAGUCCCCUGUCUGUGUGACCAUGCUAUGAAUUUUCAUUCCCUGGGGCAGGAAAGCAGCUGGGAUGGCACUUCCUCCCGAGUGCCCCAGACUGUCACUGCCCAGCAAGGAGGGUUUAAUUGCUGUCUUAAUGAAUCACUGCAUUGGUGAAUGCAAAUCAGAGCACAGUGCCUGGCUGGGCGCCUGUGCGUGGCACCCUGGAGUCCCAAGCCGGAGGACUGGCCUCAUCUCGGGGGGUGGAGAAGUGUCUUCUAGCACAUCAGAAAGCCUCAGUGGGGACUCACGUUCCAGAUCCCCAUUCCCCAGCUCCAGCUUUCUGGCUGCGGCUCUAUUCAGUGCCGCCCAGAGGAUUCAGGGGGCCUGGGGCAAAGCCGGGGAGCUGCGGCGCUUGUACUCACCCGGUGGCGGUCCGGGUCUUCAGCGGCAUUUUGGUGGC